UGAAAGUGAUCCUGAUGACAUUUCUGGUACCUACUCAUCUAUGCUGGUGGCUGAUCAUAAAUCAGGCAUGUAAAACAUACGCUAAAACACAUAAUAACCCACAUAUGAUCAAGUGAACAAGUGGUUUAGCGUCAACUGUCCCAUACUUUGUAUUGCCUUUUUGGAACUGCGGAGCCGCCCUGUUACCCCGGUGUAUUCUGGGAACACCCAGUAGAUUCAAGAUGGCGGCGAGCAGGAGACUGCACAAGGAACUUGAAGAGAUUCGUAAGUCUGGAAUGAAAAACUUCAGAAACAUUCAAGUCGAUGAAUCGAACAUAUUGACCUGGCAAGGGCUUAUUGUCCCUGACAAUGCCCCUUAUGACAAAGGCGCUUUCAGGAUUGAAUUAAUCUUCCCUGCUGAGUACCCCUUCAAGCCCCCAAAGAUCACGUUUAAGACAAAGAUCUACCACCCCAACAUCGAUGAGAAAGGACAAGUGUGUCUGCCAGUCAUCAGUGCAGAGAACUGGAAGCCAGCCACCAAAACUGACCAAGUAAUUCAGUCGCUGAUUGCGCUGGUGAACGACCCCCAACCGGAGCACCCCCUGAGGGCAGACCUAGCAGAAGAAUACUCAAAGGACCGGAAAAAAUUCUUUAAGAACGCAGAGGAGUUUACAAAGAAACACGGCGAGAAGAGACCAAUGGACUGAUUCCCUGAUGUGUGUAGCCCUUUCUCUCUCUCUCUCACUGUCCUCUCUCACCCGCCCAACCAAAUGUCUCUCCUCCACUCCCUUGUUUUUGCCCCCCCCCCCUUACCCAUUUCCCACUGUUUACCCCCCCCCCCCCACACACACAUACACACAUUAUCCUAGCAGUCCAGAAGCAGCCUAAGCAAAAGGCUGCCAUCACAAUCCCUCCCUCUACUCUACGUGGGACUCUGGAUCAGACAGGCUUCUCCUCCUCCUCUUGGCGAUAGCUUGAGCCCGUUACUAACUUUCUACUAUUUUCUUAAAUUAAAAAAAAAGAAAAAUUAAAGACAUAAAAAAUAAAUAAAGAUCAGAUAAAUAAAUGUUAAGAAUGAAGAACUAAGGAAAAAUAUUAUGUUUUAGUUCUAUUUGUUCAAAAAGAGGAAAAGACAAGAAAAAUCUGAGUAUUGUAGGUCUCUCAUAGUAGCCCUGAUUUGUGGAAGGCAUUUCUUUUCUGGCAGAGAACAAAAAGUUAUGGUUGUUUUCUUUUUCUUCCAUUCUCUAGUCUGAUAUUGUUCUGUCCAACCCCAAAAAUGAAAUGUUUUAUUAAAAACAAAGGAGUCAAAAGAGGCAACCCAGUCUCUCACAGGUAGCUAGGCCCUGGAAGUGUGUGCUGGAAUGUUUUCCUUUUUAAUUCUCUGCUUCUGGAGUUGCACUGCGUUCUGUUGAACAGGCCUUCCCUCAGUUGUUCCUCCGCUUGGAGCCAGCCCACUGAGCAGGCAGACAAAAAAUGGCCACCAAUAUAUUGUAAUCAAUUACAAGUAUCAUUUACUGGUGAAAAUUCUCUCUUAUACUUUGUGCUGUUCCAAAUGCCUUUUGUGUGAAAAGCUGAAAAUGUACUUCAGUGUGGAUGGUUUUCUGUUAAUGAGGAUGCUGCCUCAGCCAUUUUCUGCAUUCAGAGACUUCUGGCGAGCAAAAACAUCCCAUUGUGGACAGUAAAAACAAAAGGCGGUAAAAACAGUUGUCCUGAUGCCGUUCUAUUUGUUUACAGUAAGUUUUCAUUCCACUCUGUAUGGCCCGCAUGUCAUACCGCAACCUGCAGUCAGACAACAAACGCAUUCUAAAAUUGAAACCUUUAUGCCAUUUCUCCAUUGCUACAAUCUUGGCAUUGCGAAACAAAAACCCAAGUCUUGAGACUUAAAAGUCUGUGGACAAUGUCUACAUGAACAGAAUGUCCUCUUACAAGGUAGUUUACCAAACUUUCAGACCUGACCGGGGCAACUCCAACGGAGUAAAAAAUCCUGGGGUGGUGUUCGCAAUGGGCCCUAAUCCCUCGCAGUUUGUUGAUUUUAACCAGAACCAGAUGAUCUCUGGUUUAAAGUUGAGUUCCACACAGGGAAUUGGGUUUCAGGCACCUUAUGUUGUGCUGGGAGUGGGCUGUGUUUCUGCAACAGUCUGUCUGCCAGUGGGACGCUAACAUGACCGGGAUGGAGUGUAUCAGCUGUGUGAUUCUACCAGAUGUUUCAUAAUAAAGAUGGCUGACCAUUUGGCCUCAGUGUGUGGCUGCUGUGUGCUUGUCCCAUGUCUGGGUUAAUGCACGCCUCGGGAUUCGGUUACCAUGUUGCAUUGAAGUUUUUUGGGGACGCUUUGGAAGUGUCCGCUGGAUCAGAAAUAAAUCAGCCCACUUGACUUA